CUUCCUGUACUCUUUAUAUUAUAUUGUCUGAAUGGAAAUGUAAAAUGGAGGAGAAGAAGAGGGGGAAAAGAUAAAAACUAUAUAUUCAAUUAUCCAUUGCAAUCUCUCACGUGCAGGUGACUCGAUGGGAGCUCAGAAGAGCAUCCAUGCUGGCAAAGCCAAGAUUGAUGUUAAUGUCGAUCUCACUCACAAGCUAUGCGCUUCGUUGAUGCUUACUCCUUUCAGGAGCACCGGUAGUCCUUUAUCUCUGGUAAUUGGGAGUCUUUACAUUAAACACCCGAACUUAUUUGGUGGAAGCGAGAAGCUUGAUGUAUCAUGGGACAAGGGCCUGUAUGAUUCAAAUGUCUUGGUAGCUUAUAGGAGGCCGAGACCUGAAUGGCUUGCUCAACAGUCUUUUAUUAUUCAGCACUCAAUUUCACCUGAGAUUGGGGUCCAUGGUGUUCCCAUGGACAAUUUCUCCCGUUCAGGCAGUGGGAGUGUGAAUUUGUCUCGAUUAUCACUUGGGUUGGAUCUGAAUGAGCCAGCAAGUUCCAAAUGGAGCAGUGCAACCAGCAUAAAAUUUGAGCAUGUUCGUCCGGUGAAUGAUGAUGGCCGCUCAAUAAGCAGAGAUCUUGAUGGGUUUCCUGUGACUUGCAGUGGCAAUUUCCAUGACAGUAUGGUAGUGUUAAGGCAAGAAUCUCGUUUUGCAAAGGCAGAUGAAUGUAGUUUUUCUCGUUUUAGUCUGCAGAUAGAGCAAGGGAUUCCGGUUCUAUCGAAGUGGCUAAUCUUCAACCGGUUUAAAUUUGUUGCCUCAAGGGGAGUCAAACUUGGGCCAGCAUUUCUUUUAGCAAGCUUGACAGGUGGUUCCAUUGUAGGCGACAUGGCUCCUUACCAAGCAUUUGCAAUUGGGGGUCUUGGCAGUGUUCGAGGUUAUGGUGAGGGUGCUGUUGGAUCUGGAAGAUCGUGUCUGGUUGCUAACAGUGAAUUGACAUUACCAUUCAACAAGAUGUUGGAAGGUGCUAUUUUCGCGGACUGUGGAACUGACUUAGGUUCUGGUCAUCAUGUACCUGGGAAUCCAGCUCUGCGGCAUGGCAAACCAGGAUCUGGUAUAGGGCUAGGAUAUGGUCUUCGGUUCAAAUCUCAGUUUGGUCACUUUCAGGUUGACUAUGCAAUCAAUGGAUUUCAACAGAAAACUGUCUACUUCAGCAUCAGCAACCUUGCCUCCUGAAUGCUUAAUUGCAAAUUUCAUGCGGUUUGUGCAAAUUCCAAGUUUCUUAUUGAGAGCUACUACAUUGCUGUUCCCAAUCUCUGAUGGAGUUGGCUUCACCUCUUUUAAUAAAAUUCCUAUUUACCGAUUAAAAAAAAAAAUCUCUGAUGGAGCAUUCAAAUUCCGUCGACUGUUUAAGUUGCAGAUAUCCAAUUUCUUUUGGGUCUCCAUUUGACCAUUGUUUUGAGAAAAUGAGAAUUACAGGAAAUAUGUGCUUCUUUUUUAUUUGGAGCAUUUAUGAUUUUUUUCCUUUGCAAGACUGAAAUUCUGAAUAAGAUUUACUACACAAGGUGUUAAUUUUUUUCCCUUCAUCUACUGCAUUUCCUUUUUUUUUGGCAGGGGGGAGGAAUAUUGUACAGAUAUUUCUUCUUAUAAUGAAGCUUUAAGUUAUUGCA